AUGAAUUUUGAAGAAGUUGAUUACUUUUUCAGCUUUUCAGAAGAGCUUGAUUUACAUUUACACUCACUUUCCGAUUGGAAUGGAAAUGAAAGCGACAUGCUGGAGUUUCUUGAAGGAGCCAGCAAAGAAGUGCGAAGAAAAGCCAGCAGUGCUCUAUAUUCCUUAUUAAUGAAAGAUUGCAAUUCUAGCAGAGCUCAAUGAAUCUCAAGCAUCCAAGAAGCUGCAAUGAGACUGUCAGAGCAAGGAGCGCUCCCGAUUCUUGCGAACUAUUUAGCGUUAGUUUCUGAAGAGAUAAAUAGCUCAGAGCACAGCAUGGCUCAAGAGCAAGAACUGCGCACAGCUUUAAACAUUCUUUUUCUUAUGUUUAAAUUUCUCCCUCAAGAGGAAUUAAAAUCUGACACAGCGUUUUAUUCCUCCACCCUUGAAGAUGCCUUAAUGCAUUUAAUCAAAAUUUCCACAGAAAUCAGCUUUAUCCCGAUAAAAAAAGUGUCAAUGCUUUAUUUGGCAUAUAUAGAGCUCAUUUUGGAUUUUCCUAAUAAAAAUGAAACAAAAUUCUCUAACUCCCCGAGCGAAUAAAACCAUUGUAAAAAUCCCUAUGUUUUGGCACCCUCUGCAAGCAAACAAAAUUUUUUAUGAAAAAAUAUUUUGAUAUAUAAGUGAUAAUUAAUAUAAUGAAAUCUCUAACUAAUUUUCGGUUAAAAUUUAGACAGCUUGUAUUUUAAAGGAUAAAUUUUACAAAUUAAUUUAAUUUACUCCUCAAUCUUUACGAAAAUUGAUUUUUUAAAUUUUGAAAAAACAAUUUAUUAUAUAUAAAUUUUAUAAAAAAAUAAUUAACCAAAGAGGAAGAGUAAAGAGAUUUUAGAAGGAUUAAAAGCAGAGACUCCAAGACACAGAAUUCCACCUAAUAACGCUGUUGAAAUGUUUUACGUGAGUUUUAUUGUAGAGGAGAAUGAUGAGAAAAGAAAACCCUCUCCCACAGAUCAUUGUUGUGGGCUUAUUGCGAGCAUUAUUAAACUGCUGCCCAAAUGCUAAUACUAAUGGGGUUGACAUUAAAGAAGAAUGGCUGUCUCCUCUGAGGAUGUUUGAAGAAAAUGAAGAAUGCUUUGCAGGCUUUCGGAGAAGAUUUAAUUGUCAAUGCCAACAAUGUAACGAGUCAACUCAUUCAGCAGAACACACAAGACAUAAAUUCAUUACAGGACUCUACAUAUCUAAAAUAUUCUUAUUACUGAUGAUGAGGUUUAAGCUAAACCACAUUGUGCAGUUCUCAUAUCUAAGCCAGCUUAUGGCAGAUGCUAACGGGAUUUUAGUAUUUUUAAAAUUCUUAAACCAAGAUUUUUCAGGGAACGAGGUCAUAAAAACCCCAGCUUUACCUUGUUUUUCUGAAAUCCACAGUGAAAAAAUCGUAGAAGACUGUAUUUCGACCAUGCUAAAAGUGACCUACAAGCUAGUAAAAAAUCACCCAGAGAGAAUUAAGGACAAUCUCAUUCAAUACAAAUCUUCUCUUAUUUUCAAAAGAAUCCUCAAUAAGCUGCAAGUUGAAGAAAUUCAAAUAGACUCUUUAAAGCUACUAAGAGUGCAAGUAAAAUAUCUCAAUAAAAAAUGAAAAAGCUACCCAUCAAAUAUGCAUAUAAUAUCCGCAAUUUAUCACAGACUCCAAAACAAAGGCGAAGACUGGAUCAAUGAUAUAGAAAACACUGAGACUUUGACAGCAGACGAAGUGCGACAAAUAAAUCAUGAGUUUAAUUUUUAUCAUUAUUGGCAAGGACUUGAUCAAAAAAUUGAAGACUCCCCACAGCUGCCACAGGAUUUCCAUGAGAAAUAUGAAGAAUGGUUAGAAGAAAAUGUCUGGGGGUAUAAUUAUAUGUUUUAA